AUGCUGGCAGGAAUCGGUCUCGGCCGCCGAGAGCAUGGCCGUGAGUUGGAGAUCCGUCCCGUGUCCUCGGCGGGGCCAUCUCCUCUCACAGCUGUGCGCUUGCACUCCCGUGUGGAGGAUGACCAGGAGGAAGCUGACAUGGGGGUGUUCACUGGGAUCUCUGAAGUGAAUGGGGCUCCUGACCAUCACAUUUAUAUUGUAGAUGAUCAGCUGAACUCAGAGGAAAAGAAGAAGAGAAAGCAGCGGAGAAACAGGACCACCUUCAACAGCAGCCAGCUGCAGGCUCUGGAGCGCGUCUUCGAGCGGACACACUACCCGGAUGCGUUUGUGCGGGAAGACCUCGCCCGCCGGGUCAACCUGACUGAGGCCAGAGUGCAGGUGUGGUUUCAGAACCGAAGAGCCAAGUUCCGCAGGAAUGAGCGAGCCAUGCUGGCCAAUAAGAAUGCUUCUCUCCUCAAGUCCUACUCAGGAGACGUGACGGCCGUGGAGCAGCCCAUCGUGCCCCGCCCCGCUCCCCGGCCCACGGAUUACCUCUCGUGGGGGACAGCCUCUCCGUACAGCGCCAUGGCUACUUACUCUGCCACAUGUGCCAACAAUAGCCCUGCACAGGGCAUCAACAUGGCCAACAGCAUUGCCAACCUGAGACUGAAGGCCAAGGAAUAUAGUUUACAGAGGAACCAAGUGUCAACAGUCAACUGAGGAAAACACAAUGAUUUAACAGGCCUAAGAAGAGAGCACAAACCAUGAGACACCUGUCCUGCUCUGUCAUUUCUUCAUCCGCUGGAGGAAAACAAGUAUAAACAAACAAAAGACAGAACUAAAAUAUUGGGACCAUGGCAGAGAAAAGCAGGAGAGGAACAAAAAUGAAAAUUAGUUAACAAAUGUACCUCUUCUCUCUGGAACACUACCACCAUUUGUUUCUCUGUGUGUUUAUUUCAUUUUUUCUUUCUAUUUAUGCUUUGCUUCAUAUACUCCAAGCUUCAUCAGUUAGGUCUAGCCCACCCACUCUCAUAAUUUGUAUGAGGUUUAAAACAAUGUGCAGUAGCCAAAGAAAUCCUAUAUAUGCAUAUAGCCAUAUUCAAAGCGAUUAACCUGUAAUUUCUCAUCAACCUGUUUGACCUCAGUGCCUUACUCCAUCAUCUUCCCAGUUCCCCCUCAGAAUGUUGGAAAAGCCAAAGUCUUUCUGAAGAAUCUAUGCCGGACAUGAUUGUCUUUCUCGUGGUCUCCACGUCUGUGGGUUAUGAGAAGGUUUUCCAAUCAGCUACUAGAAAAAAUAAUUGUGGACAAGUUCUGAUCAUUGGCCUAUUAUUGGAUUGACUGAUCAACCUAAUUGGCUCAAUCUGGCUAAUUCUAAGCUGUAAACUCUACAUCUCGACCACAGAGUUAAGCUCUAAGCUGUAGAUAUACUUCACACCUUCCUGCAAACAAUCAGCAGUCUGACGUGAAAAGACGUUGGUUGUCUUUCAAGGAUUUGCUGUUAAGGGCUAUUUGAUGGAGAAAAUACUUUUUUUUUUCACUUGAGAGGGACAGAAAAUUCUUCAGGAAAAUGAAGACUGAAUUGUGAGAUGCAUGGCCUACAUCUCUUUGGUGCCUUCAGUGUAGUCAGACGCACAUUUAUAUAUAUACUGUAUAUAUUUAUAUAUUUUAUAUAUAUAAUAUUGCAAGCUGGGGUUUGCAGUUUCUCAAACAUAGCAAAAAAGCAAAGCUCACACUUCCCUGUCCCCACUGCCACAGCGGUGGGACAUUAAUUAGGCAUCUUGCUUGUUUUCUUUUUCUACACAAAUGUUCUCAGUAAGGUGGUAGAGCAGUUGGCAAGGGUGUUGUUUGAGAAUUAGGACUCCUCACCUUAGAGAUUUCAGUCAUUAGAAGUUAUUUCUGACUAUUAAAAUGUCCUGGAGGUUGGUGUCAGAACGCUGAUGAAAUGCUGAUCCAUUCCGACCUGGCCAGGGAAUUCCACUUAAGAGGAGGAAAAGAUGUCCAGUUGUCUGCUCUUUCUCCACUCCCUGGAACUGUAACAGACAAAACAUACUAAACAUGUUCAAGUGAGUACUUAACAGUUGGCUUUAAUUCCCAACAUUUUAAAUACAAUUGUGGACACACACACACACAUACACACACGCACGUGCGCACACACA